UGAAAAUGAGGUUCUCCAUCAUGCUAUUUGAGUAGAUGGACUGGAUUGAUGCUUAAAUUUAGCAAUAACACGUCGUUAGCUACACUAAAAAUGGCUUCUUUAUCAGGAAUCUCAUUUUGUUAUUUUGUGGAUUUUACAUCUCUCUUAGCUUCACCACGUUAGAAUGAGGUUCUAUGUCGUGACAUUCAAGUAAGAAGGAUUAUCAAAAUUGUGCCUUUACUCUGAUCCUCGCUAUAAUCAGGUGUUCAUGGAUUUGCUGGAGUAUUAAUUACGAACGGAUUUACUGAAUUCCAUCAUUACUGAACUCCAUCAUUGGUGGAUGAGAUAUAGGACACACAAUCCUCAAUGGAGGGAGACCAAUAAAAACCUAUAUCCACCUAUAAUCCUGAAACGCCGGGGGAUUUGGGGCAUUGAGUCUCUAUCAAAGUCAGUAUUCAAACUAUGAAAUUGGAAUUGGGGAUAACAAUUCCAGUUCUACUGCCUGCAAGUCCUCAUAAGCGACAAUUCCUACCGAAAAAUCUCUACAUGCUUGCGUAAAACUCCUCCCAUGCCUGGGCAAACCUCCACCAGCCGACUUCAUGCCUCCAUUGAAGCACUUCAUGACUUCGUGUUGGAGUCUGCCAUGGAUGGUGGAUGAGCAACAGAUGACCCUGCAUGGCAACAUAUGGCAUAAAUGAGUAUAAUUUAGGGUAUCCAGAUUUAAACUCCUAGGUCCAGCGAAGGUGGACAUAGGCCAUAACGGCGGCUCGGACAAGUAUGGACAAAACACGAGAACAAUCCACUGCAUAUAUAGAGUUUGCCACUAACAUACUUGAGGUGUAGGAUAUGGGAGUCAUCAGUGUUCCCAUUUUCAUCCUGCGAACUCCAGUAAUCACUUCUCUAACAUCUUAGUAGCUAACUAAAAAUGAAAUAAGGUAGAUCUUUUAUCUCAUUUUAAAAUCGUUUUUUGUUGUUCAUGUGGGGGUUAUAACAUAAUUUGACGUUUUUUAUAUGAAUCAGUGUAUGGGUAUGGAGGAUUGAUUUGGAGUAGCAGGGGAAGCAACCCAAUAUCCCAAUCCAUCUAGGACCAAAUUUUUGGGAAUAGACUAUAAUGUUUCAUGUUUUUCUAUCUUCUGAAUUAGAAAAGUAUGUCUAACUUCAUAGAUGAAGAUGCAAAACCUACAUGCCGUAUGACUAUCUCUCUCUCAGCUACUCACCGGAUUCGACUAAGAGAAGAAUUCUUAAUUAAAUAAUUUUGUUGUUCAAGUGCAGAAAACUCUUCAUGUUUAAUAACAUUAAACAUAAAAUAAUGUAUGAAGUAUACAUUUAUUCUUGGACUAUAUUAUAUAUUAAUAGAAAUUUUAUUCAAUGCUUUUUAAACUUUUAAAGUACAAAUUUGUACUUUAUAUUAAUAUCGAAUUAUUGCUAUAUUCAAUUCCCGUACAUCGCACUGGUGAAAUUCAUUUUAAUUUAAAAUCAGGCAAGUUUGUGUUCGCAUUUUCCUUCUCUUCGUCGUCCCAAUUUCCAGCGGGAGGUGCCUUUUCUCGCCUUUCCAUCUUCGUCGCGAGAAAUUAGCAAAGAUUUUUUCAAGGAUUUCCAUCUUCGUUGCUAGAAAUCAGCAAUUUUCCAGCGGCAAGUGCCUUUUCUCGCGAAUCAACAUUAGGUAUUUUUCCAUUUCCAUCUUGAACAAGGAAAGACUUCAAAUUAGGUAUUUCUUUUCUUUAAUUUUUUUGGGUAUUUAUAUAUUCUGGAGCAAAAUCCGGAGAUUGGAUAUGGGGUCAUUCCAUUUGUGAAAAAAUCUCUGUUUAGACGGAUCUUUGGGACUUGAUUUCCGACGGUUCCAUUAUACGGAGUAUAUUCAAAUAUGAGGUACCCUUUCCUUCAUUCAAUUUAGUCUACGACUUCAAUUUCCAAUCUGUUAUUAAUCUGAUUUCCCCCAAAUUCUUAGGGUUCUUAUUUAGUAAAUAUAUUUAUUUGUUCGAAAUUAUAGUAUCGUCUAAUCAGUUCUUUCAUUUUACUUUUGCAAUGGCCAAAAUUCUUCAUCCGUUGUUGAACAUCAAUCCUACAAGUAAAUGAAGAUGGGGAACUUCAUUGAAAUGAUCUUGAUGGAAGAACAUUGUAUGGAUAUGGAGGAUUGGUUUAGAGAAUCACGAUAAGCAAUUAAAGAAUCUGCGUGAAAGGAAGCCAGGCGACCCCGACUCAAUGACCUCUCUCUUGCUUGAUGGGAACCAAGGCCCCUCGGGUAAGAAAUCAGUUUUUACUUCAUCUUGGGAGAUUAGGCAUGCUUGAGUUGUGCAUUCUGUAUGCGGGUAUAGUAGGGUGGUGUGCCAAUCAUCACCAUUUCUCCGCUGACAACCAUUUUCACCACCUUCUCCUCCAACGUAAGUAUUUCUGAUUUCAAUACUUCAAUUAUCUAAUUCUUCUCCAUCAAAAUUCACACCCAAAUCAGUCUUUCGAAAUUAUGAGUUUUGUUUUACUACAUACUUUUUAGCACUAAAUCCUAGGAGAUUAUGAAAUUUCUCCCAAAAUACGGAGUAUGAAAAUUAAGAACUUUGUUGAAUAAAAAAUUUUAGUUGAAUAUAUAAUGAGUUGUAAAUAUAGCAUGAUAUAUACACCCUUCUCAAAAAAAUUCACAUAUUGACUUUUUUGGUGAACUCUCUACAUACAUUGACCAUUAAUACAUAUAAAUUUAUAGAAAUAAAUAUUUUAAAAAAGCAUAAAAAAGGAGCUUGACUCUCAUUUCAAUCUUGAUGGAUAUGGAUGAAACAAACUUAUCUAUUGUAUGCUUCAGAGAAAAAAAACAAAAUAUGUAAUGGGAAGCAUUCUAAUUUGAGGGAUACAUUAUUAUUGGGGAUUAAGGUAUUAAUUUGCAAUUAUAAAUUUCCUAUUGAUUAAAUUAUGAUGUUCAGAUUCAAUAUUUCCAUUUUCAUAAAUGUGAUUAUCAUAUAUCAAAUAAUUAUGUUUAAUAUCAAAUUUUAAAAUGGCAUGAAGGGGUACGGUUAAUGGGUUCUACUGUUCAUUUCAUUUGUUUAUAUGUGUUUGAAUGAUUUAGUCACUGAUCUGUUGCACAUUGGCAUCCAUUCCAAUUUUAAUUAGAUUCCUUUUUUAAGCGUGUUAGUUCUCCCUAUGCAAAAUUUGAAUCUCACUUUUUCGUUAAUGAAUUGUAUUAGUUUGUUUAUAGCACAUGAUCUUCCAUUUACAUUGUACUGCUUUUGCAAAAAAGGGGGAGUACUUCAUUUUCAUAUUUUUUUUCCUUCCCAAGUGUGAACAUACUCAUAGAUUUGAAACUGAUAUGAAUAUAACCAAAUAUGACUCUUGCUACUAAUUGAGGAAUGUGACUAAGGUUAUGAGUCUCUUUGCAGAUAUGCCUGGAAAGAGACCUAUAAGUCUGUUGUUCGGUUAUUUGAGUGUGACCUAUAAGACUUGUAGAAUAGGUCAUGUUUUGUGUUCCACUUUAGACUAAGAAUAGUUUAAGAGCUUUGUGAUCAAUAUGAAUUUGGCCUUAGACUACGAAUAGAUUAAGAACAUUUUUUUUAUUUGGCCUUAGACUAAAAAUAGUUUAAGAGCAUUGUUGAUAUUGAAUAAUUGAAAUGAAUAUUAUGUGCAUGAUAUCAAAUGUUUUGAUUAUGAAUUGAGAUUCAAUUUAUGUAGAUGUUUGAUGCAUUUGAUAUCUUUACUCAGUUUCACCGCUGAGCAUGUAGUAUGUUUUGUUUGCUACACGGAGGUGUGAUUCAUGUUAAAGAUGGAAUGUUCCCCAAAAUGCACGAAGACAGAUGAGAUGUACGGAUGUGGACUUAAACUAGUAAUCAAUUGAACAGAAUUUUGAAUGAAUGGAUUUUUGUAAUGGUUAAACAAUGAUAUUUGCUUCCGCACUAUCAUGAAAUCUCCGAUAAUGAUUGCUAAUGUUUUGAAAAAUAAUUUUGAUUAUGUUAUUAUAAUAUUGUUUUUAAAUUUUUGUUUCUAAAAUACGUUUGUGGAUAGUGAUUUAGUAGCAAACCAACCCGCUAAUCUAUUGUAUUCUGAUUUUUGAUCGAAAAUUUGUGGAUGCGGUCUUGAAUGAGUGGCAGAAGACAAUAAUGGAUUUACCAGCUGGAUUUCGGCAAGCAUAUGAGAUGGGUCUGGUCAGUUCAGUACAAAUGGUAAAGUUUUUGGCUAUUAAUGCCAGACCCACCACAGCCAGGUUCAUUUCUCGGUCAAUUCCUCAGGGACUUUCAAGGGGAUUUAUUGGCAGACUUCUAGAGCUGCUGCAGUUUUCGAGGUUGAUGCAGAAGAUGCUACAGCACGAUGCUGCAACACACUGUUCGGGAUCAAAGCUGUACAUGCUAAGGAAUCCCAACUCUUUAGGCUACUUGUGGAUCAAGAUUAAGGAAGUAGAGUUCAAGCCAACUUCUACUCUCCUACUCCUACUAGGAUUGUAUUAAGAGGAGCCUAUAAAUACACAGUUGGUCCCUGGGAAUUACUUGGAGCGAUUGAGAGGGAAAACACAGAAUAUACGCUAAUGUAGAGCGUUCCCGUCGCGUCCCGGAGCUUCCCAUGCGUGAAGAAGGUCACGAUCUACACGAAGGAGGAGUCCUACAUCGCCAAACAGAUCGUGACGUCCAGAAGAUGAACAAGAGCUGAACGAGUGGGCUGCCAACACGUUUGUCCUCGUGAUCUCGGUGGAGAUGUGAUAGCCAAAGCAGAUCUGAACAGAGUUCGGGUUAGAAAUCCUAGAUUAGAAGUUUUGUCAUAGCAAUUCAGAGAAGUGUGUCUCAUCAUGUUGUUAUGUACAGGUGUAACUUGCAUCUAGUGAUUUAGUGGAGGGCUAUUACACGGACGUGGGCCCCACAGAUUAGGAGAGUUUCUCCGAACUGCGUAAACAUAUCUGGUGUUAUUUUUACACUUUUUACAGUUACAGCAUUAUGCCCAGUAGGCGCUGUAACACCCUCUGCGUCAUCUGCUUCUGUGUGUGCUUGUGACAGAGAAGUGUUAGAGCACAUUGUCCGUCAUCUGUUUCUGGACAGUGCUGCAACAUCUUCUCUGCAGCAGAAUUGGUUGAUUUGUUUGCAUGGUUUUUAAUUGGUGAUUUCCGCUGCGCCCCCACGAACUGCCCCCACGAACUUACAGGAAUGUCCUUAAUGUUGAUAUGCCAACUAUAGCCCCUUGAGAAGAGGAACAGAACAUCUGUUCAAAUGUUGUUUGGCUCUAUUGUUGGAGGCUCAAGUAUUGAAGAAAGACAGCGAUGUGCUAGAGAAGUUGCCAGCGAAAUUUGUCAUGUUAUUGGAUUGGUGGCUUUGGAUUAGAGAGAUUAUAGAGGAACACACUGUUCUUUAGUGUU